ACCCUUCUUCCGCCAUCUUUGUUUUGAAGUUUUUCAAAGCAACACAACGCUUGAAAUCUCCGCACUGAAUGAUGCGAUCACAGCGAUAAGCAUGGCACAUCCGACAGCUUAUCCUAUGAGAACUGAUCACACUAACUUUGGUAAAAGUCUGGAUGGAAUUCCCUCUGAAGUGAAGGAAAUAGUCCACGAUAUUACACGCAGGAGACAAGGGGUUGAAGCUGGUCUCACUCACUAUGAUGCCGCCCCUGAAACUAUCAUCAACACUCUUAAGGAGUAUCUUACGAUGCAAAAGACUUUGGAGAGCAUAAAAACAAAGGUAAAAAAAUCAAGCCGUUUAAAAUUCAAGUGGACAAGUUUCCUUUCUGAAGACAAAUAUGAAGUUCAAGACGUUGAGUCUGAGAUGACCUCCAUGUUACUUGCUGCAGGGCUGUGGCACAUGGAACAUGCAAACGUGUUAAACAGGAGUAUAACAGAUGAGGAUGAAGAUGAACAAAAGAUGAAGGAUGCAGUUCACUCUCUCAAGACAUCGGCUGGUAUCUUUGAUUCCCUUGAUGGCCAAUCCCUUGGCUGCAAAGACAUUGAUGUGAUGGCUAUCCGAGCCCUAAGACUUCAGUCACUAGCUGAGGCCCAGUGCGUGACUGUCAGGAGAGCCAUUACCAAGAACCACAAGGCGAUGCUUAUUAGUGAGCUCUGCCAUGAUGUCGCAUCCAAGUACUGCUCGGCUGCCAAGAAUAUUGGAGGAGACACGUCGAGCCAUUUAAAAAAAAAAUGGAUGUGUUACCUAAAGUUUCAGUCGGAAGUUUAUUUUGCACUAGCACGAUGUUUUCAGGGCAUUAACCUUCUUGAGGCUGAAGACAAGUGCGGGGAGUCCAUUGUUGUAUUGAGAGAAAGCAGUAAACACAUUGAGCAAGCAAAGGCCUUUGCUAAGGAAUAUGACAAGUUGAAGCCAAAGACAAAAGUCCACCUCGAUGAAAGUCAGCAGCUGAUAAGGGUAAAAAAACUAAUAAACGAAAAGCAAGCAAAAAGCGACCGAGAAAAUGGCAUGAUCUACCACCAGCGGCUACCUGAGGAAUGUCUUCCAUUGUAUGAGCCGAAGUGUGUGGUGCAGCCAACUGCAUUCCAUCUACCUGAUAGCCAUGACCUGACAAGUGUGCAGAGUGCAACAGAUGUAGAUGCAAGUGGGACAGAUGACUCUUGAUUGUUUGUGUCACCCAUACCUUCAUUCAUAUACAAAUAUGAAUGUAAUGAAUUGUAAUAAUGCGUGAAUAGAGAAAUAUUGCUUUUGUCUCUAUUUAAAAUUGUCAGCUAUUUUUUCCAUACAAUACUUACAGAGUAAGACUGCAGUCUACCCUAUUAGCAGAAGCUUUUUCUUUUAGUAUUUGUUUUGGUUCCUUAAAAGAACAACUAAAAAAAUCCAGAUACUUAAUCAGCAAUUAAGUUGCUCUUCUAGCAGGGUAACUUUAGACUCAAAAUGACAAUUGUAUGGUUGCCUAGAGGUGUCAAACGCAAAUUAAAUAGCAAAACACAUUUACAGAUUGAAAACACAUUCGUAAAAGUUGAAACACAUUCGCAAAUUCAAAAACACGUUCGCAAAUUCAACUUUUACGAAUGUGUUUUCAUUUUGUGAAUGUGUUUUGCUUGAUUUGUGUUUGACACUUGUGGACCACCAUACAGAUAACUACUUUACCGUGGAUAGGUACAGUAUGAUAUAAUACUAUAUACUUGAAUAGAAUACUAAAUAUAUAAUUACCUGGAUAUGUGUACCUGAAUUUAAAUCUUGUUGGUACAAAAUACACCCUUAAGUCCUGUAACAAUACCUUAGAUAUUUAUGUGUCAUUAAAAUUGAAUGAAUAUAGUGUUUAUGUAAACAUUGAGCUGUAGGUGUUCAAUACUUUUAUUUUCCAUCGAAGUCAAACCUUUUUAUUAAAAAUACCUGGUAUUCGACUUUUAUAUUUUCAAAAUGAUAUUUAUGAUAAAUUGUACAAUCCCAUACACUGGGGUAGGGAAAAGAUUGUAGGAACAAGCUAAGGUAUACCUUCCAAACUAACUUGUAUUAGUUUGGAAGGUAUCACAUAAACGCUAAUCCUUAGCGUUUAUGUGAUAAGAAAAUUAUAAAAGUAUGACUUAUAAAAAAGGAAAAAAUAGCUGACAUCUUAUUUAAGCUUGUAAUAUUUUAAUUCUAUUUGAUGUAUUGUUUCCUACUUUAUUUGCAUUUUAAACUAGAUCUCGGGGCAAAUACAAGUUCUAUUCUCCUUGCUAGGCCAGCAAGAUAAAAAAAAUCAAAGAAGUUUGAUAAUAAGCGAAUAAUAAGCUAAUAAUGAUUGAUUCUUUGCAUUCAGCGACUACACCACAAUGUAGGUCAGUACUGUAUGAAUGAUUUUUUUUAUUAUAACAAAAUAGAAAAAUAUUGUAAACUGUUUGGAAAUGUAAAUCAUUUGUAUAAGUCUGGGUAAUACCCAUAACUUGUCAUCCUAUCCGAUAAUUUUAAACGCACGGUUUAAAAUGUAUUGAGCGUUAUAAAUCGGUUGCUUAAUAAAAGAUGAUAUUCUACAA